GCCAUUUUUUUUCCCUAAUGAAACUGGGGACAAAUGGCGGGCAAGAAGAGCAAGAAGAACAAGAAGAACAAGAAGAACAAUAAGGAAUUCACUGUCUGGGUGAAAUGUAUGGAGAUUCCGAACGAGAGUAGCUUCGCCAGAUACGGAGAUGAAGAUCGUCGGCGUCGACUUGAUGUGAUUCAAAAUAUGAUGGACUAUCUGGGUGAAGUGUACGGAGAUCCCGAACGACAGAAGCAAGCACUUGGCGAUUGUGCGGCAACCAUAGAAGCAUAUGCAGAGUAUGCUGAGGCCAUUACUGGUGAGCAGUAUAUCUUUAAUUUGCAAUCUAAAUAUUCAUCUGAUGACAUAGUAGCGGUGGAUACCUUUGUUGACGAAUCAAUGAGUUUGUUGAUAAACUGA